AUGGAGACAGCGACCAACUACAAUUUUCUGAUCGUCCUGAUCGUGACGUUCGGGUCAUUGACGUAUGGAUAUAACUCUGCUAUCAUCGGAGCCGUGAUAGGCCUCCCGUCCUUCUUCCAGUACUUCAACAUCGACAUCAAGUCGGGCGACGUGCUUGGCCAUGUGGGCGCUGACACCACGCUAACCUUUCUGUCAGCCACCAAUGGACUCUUUGCAGGAGGCGGUUUCAUCGGUUGCUACCUGAUAACAUGGCUGGCCGACAAGGUGGGCAGGAAAAGAUCCAUUCAGAUCACCUCGUGUCUUUGCAUCGUGGCCGGUGCGCUGCAAGCUGGAUCUGUCCAUAUAGCCAUGUUUCUGGUCGCUCGGUUCCUGAUGGGGAUGGGUGUUGGCAUGGUCAACGUCAUCACACCACUAUAUCAAUCUGAAGUUUCCCCAGCUCAUUCUCGGGGAAGAAUGGUCGGCAGUCAUGGCUUCGUCCUUUGCGUGGGUUACGGUCUUGCGGGAUGGACAGGCUACGGCUGCUACUUCUUGGAGAGUCAGGUCGCUCAGUGGCGUCUGUGCCUAGCCCUUCAGGUCGUGCCACCUUUGGGCCUCCUGAUCGGGUCGUGGUGGGUGCCAGAAUCACCUCGCCAUCUAGUGGCUACGGACCAACAGGAGGCUGGCUUCGCGAUCCUCAAGCGACUCCACCACCAGCCGGACGACGAAGACGACACCGUCGCUCGUGAAGAGCUUUAUCAAAUCCGCCUGCAGUUGGACUUGGAGAAGCGACAAGGCUGGAGACAGGGUUGGCUCAAGGGUUGGAUUUCACUGUUCACCAGGAAAUCAUACAGGAAGCGCUUGCUCUUUGGUUUUCUACUUCUUGGUUUGGUCCAGAGCACCGGCUGCCUCGUGAUCGACAAUUAUCAGGUCCUUCUCUACAAUGGCCUCAGUCUUUAUGGAGCGAUGCCGUUAAUGCUGUACGCCUUGUGGGAUACGUGGGCCGCGAUCAUGAACCUUGUCAACGCGCUGCUGCUGGAUAAGAUUGGGCGUAUUCCGAUCAUGGUUGUAGGGCAGAUUGGAUGCUCCGUCUCCGUGGCCGGCUUCACGGCUUGCUUGGCGAGAUACGGCGGCACUGAGAACCGGGUAGGCAACGGGUUUGGCGUCUUCUUUCUCUACCUCUUCGUGACGUUCUUCGGCGGCUCAAUGGACGCCUCUUCAUAUGUCUACUCAUCUGAGAUCUUCCCCACUUCGAUCCGUGCUCAGGGCGCAGGAUUCAGCGUCUCCGGGCUGUUCGCCUUCAGCUUGAUCUACACCAUGUGCGCCCCGGUUGCUUUCAACAAUAUCGGCUGGAAAUACUACCUCAUUUUCAUCAUCGUUCCAUUGUUUGGAGCGACUAUCAUGUACCUGUUUUACCCGGAGACCAAGGGUUUAGCUCUCGAAGAGAUUGCCGCGAAGUUUGGAGAUGAGGUCGCUGUUAAUAUCACGGAUCUCUCCGCUGAAGAGAGAGCCAGACUUGGUAAGAGUCUUGUCAACACGGACAUCAUUGAGCUGGAGAUGAAACAGGCUGCUCCGACAAUCACGAUCCGCAAGAAUAACCCGUGGGAGACCAAAUCGGAGAUAUCAGGGCUCAUACCUCUUCCCGAACGAGAUGUCUCGCUGUUUGCCCACGCAUCAGGCCCGCCUCGUCUCCAAGGGGAGCCAGUAGUGAUUCUGUUCACUGGCGCGGGCGGGCCAGCAGCCACGUAUGUGAAGGUGCAAGAGCACCUCAGCAGCUUCGCACGAACACUCUUCUACGACCGAGCCGGCUAUGAUCGAAGCACGUUACCCUCGAAUGUGGAGUCAUUGAUGGCGCACGAUGCCGCACAUGAUCUCGACGCGCUGCUGGGGAAGAUCGAUGUCCCCCCUCCGUACAUAUUGAUCGGCCACUCGUACGGAGGAGUCCCACUCCGGGAAUUCUUGCAUCUUCAGCUCGCGAAGCAUCGGCCUUCGAACCCGCUGGCGGUCGUUGGUGGCAUUGUAUUGUACGAUACGGGCACGGAGGCCGAAUAUGCAUUUUGGCCGCGACUCCCAAGCGCCGAUCUCGUUGCGGUAUGCAAGGAUGUCGACUGGGAGGGGUUGACGCAUCUCAGGGAAGAGUCAGGCAUGACGGACGACGAGUGGGCGUCCGCCAUGGAGGCGAGUCGUCGGAUGGCGACGAAACUGGCGACAAAGCGGGAAGACACGCAUGCCAGUGCGCGGUCAUUGGCGGAAAGGAGACAGCUCGAGCAUCAUGCCUACCGGGGCGACAAUGUGGCCGUGAUAAGGUGUAACAGCGCGAGGGAUUAUCGGAUAGGGUACGAGGAGGGUGUCCGACUUGGAGGCGGGACUGAGGACGAAAGGAGAGGUGCAAAGAAGUUCAUUGAAGAUUGGAGCCUUUAUACCUAUGGAAUGGUAAAGGUGCAGGUUGAUCUGGUCGGCCAGCACGGAAACGCAUUGUACCAGGAGUUGAUGGAUUGGGGGCACGAUAGCCCGUUCAGGAAGCCGGAACUGGUUGGAGAUGCUGUUGAAUGGGUACUCAACGAGCUGAGAAAGCAGAAAGAGAGUCAUUGA